AGCCUCCAUUCUACAAACGUGGAUUGAAAAUUCGCAAUCCCUAGUUUCUCAUGGUUGCACGCAGCCACGCACCGGUCGCCUACAUCGUCACAAGCGAUCACUCACGGCCUUGCCCUCCAUCGUCGGUUCAUUUUCUGUCUUCCGUAGCGACAAGCAGCCAGAGACCCAGAGCUAGCCAAACCAACGCCAUUACAUUUACGCCAGGAAGUCCAGAGCCCAAAAGUAUUUAGUACUUUUUGGAGACAGCCAUUUGCAUAAUCAUCUUCCAACGACCACGUUAUGGAUCGUCCACCUCACAACUUUGCAGCUGCAUCUGCUAAUUCCAUGGCCUACACUCAACAGCAGCGACAAGUAGCAAAUAUUCAACAGCAAUUUGGAUUUCAUCCACAACAUCAACAAUUCCCCACAACAGUGCCUGCUCCGUUCCUACAACCACAUCCUUCUCAAUUCCCAUACCAUCCACACAUGCAAGUACAACACCAACCACAACUCCACCCUCAACUUCUUCAUCUUCAGCAGCAACAGCAACCACCACCUAAUUUCCCUUCACAUCUGCCUCCCCACCUUGUUUCUUCACCUUUCCCUGGCGUUUAUGAUUCUCCUCCACUCCCUACUCCUCCUCCAUCUGAUCCUGAUCUCCAAAAGCGUAUUGACAAGCUUGUGGAAUAUGCAGCUAAGAAUGGUCCUGAGUUUGAAGCCAUGAUCCGCGAAAAGCAGCAAGAUAAUCCUGAUUACAAUUUCCUCUUUGGUGGAGAGGGGAAUGGUUACUAUAGGUACAAGCUUUGGUUAUCUACACGUCCCCAAAGUGGACCCUACCCUUCCUUUCCACAAUCUUCUGUACCUACCAUGCAUCCUCCUACUAAUCCUGCCAUGAAUCCUUCGUCUCUGAAUGCACCAGCAAUCGGCACUGGUCCUCCUCCUCCUCAAUUGCACCAACCAGCUUUUCCUCCAUUUUAUGAUCAGCAGCAUCACUAUCAGCAUCCUCAGCCUUUCGUUGCUCUUGGCCGGCCAGAUUAUGUUCAGUCCUUCAAAGGCCUUUCUGGUCCACUCCCCUCUGAUAUUGCGAUGGAGCUUACUAACAUGCUUAGCAAUCUAAAUGGUACCAAAGAGUCAAUCAAAAGUACCAAGAUAUGGUUCAUGCAGAGGUCUCCAUUUGCACCGGCUUUGGCUGAGGCACUUAGAGAUAGAAUAUUUACUUUGGAUGAUUCAGAGAGGCAAUUGCAUGUGAUUUACCUUGUCAAUGACAUUCUUUUUGACAGUUUGCAGAGAAGGGCUAACCCUCAUGACCUUGAUAAUGAAGCUCUUGCAUUUAAACCUGUUUUAGGUUCAAUGCUUGCAAGAAUAUAUCACAAUCCUCAAAAUGGGGAAAACCGAUCUCGUUUACAGAGAAUUUUGCAGUUUUGGGCAUCCAAGGAAGUUUACAGCCAAGAUGACAUAUAUGUCCUUGAGAGUGAGAUGAUUAGUGGACCACCAGGGCCUCCAAAAGAGUUGUCUCAUGAUUCAGUGGAGUCCUCAGUACCUGCAGGAAUUCUACAGGAUACAACACACAAUAAUGUAUCUAUGUGGCAGCUUGACAAACAAAGUUCUAUUCCAAAUGUGCUGGACCAAGCUGAUAAACAAGGGGGGCCUGCCUUGCUUCCAUCACUAGUAAACCAGCAAUUUCUUCCGAAUUCAGUCCCUACUGGGGCUUUUCCAGGGUCUGUGCCAUUAAAUUCUAAUCCUCAGUCUUCUAGCCAACAACAAUCAGCAAAUAUUGGUGAAAAGUUGCCCGCUUAUCCACUUUUCCCACCUGGUCUUAUUCCUGGAAUGGUUAGAAAAAUGCAAAUUGGGAGUGGGGUGCCUUACUGCCCCCUCAGUCCUUUGGAUAUCCCAACAGUUAUACCUCCAUCUGAUGUAUCACCAUCAGAAGUUCUCGAUAGAGUAUCGAAGUUUUUCAAAGAGAUUGGAGAGGUUAACCCUUCUGAAGGAUCCUUGAAAUCUAAUUCUAGAGAUGAGGAUGAUGAGGAUGAGAUGGAACCUCCUGUUCGUAGGGGAGGAGCUUGUAUCCCUCCGCCCCCAAAUCAGCAGGCAGACCCAGAUUCAGGAGCUUAUACUGAGCAGAAACCAGGUCCCAGUGGCUCAGGAAGAUUAGGACUGGGAGCAACAGCCAAUCCCAAUGAGGCAAGUCAAUAUGAUGAUGUUUAUAUAUCUUAUAGAAAACAGAGAAGCACUUCGUACCAUUCAUCUAUGAGUGCACGAGCUGCUACAAGGUAAAGCCUUUCAAAUAUCAUUUGAAGAUCCAUAGAGAAUGGAAUCAAAUAGUCCUUGUUCAUUUAUAUGUUAGAAAUAGUAUUAACUUUCUUCGACAACGCU